AUGGCUCCUUUUUUUUCUAUCCCAUCAAUUCUCACCACCAUUAAGUUCUUCCUGUUAUUUUCAUUUCUUGUGGGGAUGGUCUCUGCUCAGUUGUCCUCUACUUUCUAUGCAACAUCAUGCCCUAAUGUCCUUUCAACCAUUAAAUCAGCUGUAGACUCUGCAGUGUCAAGUGAGCCACGCAUGGGAGCAUCCUUGCUCCGUCUUCACUUUCAUGACUGCUUUGUUAAUGGAUGUGAUGCAUCGGUACUAUUGGAUGAAGAAAGACAAGCUCCUCCCAAUAAAAAUUCAAUAAGGGGCUUUGAGGUAAUAGACACCAUCAAAUCUCAAUUGGAGGACUUGUGCCCUGGGGUUGUGUCUUGUGCUGACAUCUUAGCUGUUGCUGCGAGAGACUCUGUUGUUGCUCUUGAUGGACUUGGUUGGACCGUCGAAUUGGGCAGAAGAGACUCUGCCACUGCAAGUGGCGAUGCUGCUAUUUCAAACCUCCCUUCUCCAUUUUCAAGUCUUAGUGAACUUAUCAACAACUUCUCUAGCAAAGGUUUCACUGUCAAAGAAAUGGUGGCUCUCUCAGGAUCUCACACAAUAGGCCAAGCACAGUGCAAGAACUUCCGACCUAGGAUUUACAAUGAAACCAACAUAGAUUCAUCAUUCACAACUUCAUUGCAAUCGGACUGUCCAAGCACUGGUGGUGACAGCAAUCUUGCCCCUCUAGAUGUGACCAGUUCAGAAUCCUUUGACAAUGAAUACUUCAAUAAUUUGAUAAGCAAAAAGGGUCUCUUGCGCUCAGACCAACAACUCUUCAAUGGGGGUUCCACAGAUUCCCUUGUUGACGCUUACAGCACCAACUCGGAAAGCUUUCUAACAGACUUUGCUAAUGCAAUGGUAAAGAUGGGGGAACUUAGCCCUCUCACGGGCACAAGUGGUCAAAUCAGAACAAAUUGCAACAAAGCAAACUGA